AUGCGUUGCUAUGUGAAAAGAAGCCUUGCACGAGGUAUCUCAGGUGUCUACUCAAGCACCAAUCUUGCUGGCCAUCAACGGCUAUACUCGACUCCACCAACGAAACAGGGCCCGUUGACAGGCAUCCGCAUCCUAGAUCUGACUCGUGUUCUUGCAGGACCAUUCUGCACACAGAUUCUGGCCGACUAUGGCGCGGAGGUGAUCAAGGUGGAACACCCCAAGGGAGGAGAUGACACUAGACUCUGGCGAGAGCCAGGCGAAGACAGGCUGUGGAAGCCCAAUGCCACAAACACGUCCUUGUACUUCAACACCAUCAACCGCAACAAAAAGUCCAUAGCGGUGGACCUGAAACAUCCCCACGGACGAGAAAUAAUCCUCGAACUAGCGAAAUGCUCAGAUGUCAUGUACGCGCUUCCUCCAAUAUCCGCACACCAAGCUGAUAGAAACAGCGUCGACAACUUCAUCCCCGGAAAACUCGAGCAACUGCGCCUGGGCUACAGCACCCUACGACAGACCAACCCCUCGAUCAUCCACGCAAGCGUCUCCGGCUACGGAGCUACCGGACCGUACGCCCUCCGCGCAGGCUACGAUGUUAUCGCCGCGGCUGAAGGCGGCCUGUUGCACAUCACCGGCGAGCCGGACGGCCCGCCCACGAAGCCCGGCGUCGGGCUCAUGGACCUGUGCACGGGUCUGUACCUGCACGGCGCCAUCUGCGCCGCGCUCGUCGCACGCCAGAAAACGGGUCGGGGGCAGAAGCUGGACGCCUCGUUGUUCGAGACCACGCUCGCGCUGAUGAGUAAUGUCGCCAUGUCGUGGUUGAAUCUGGGCCGGGAGGCGCAGCGCUGGGGGACGGGGCAUCCGACUAUCGUUCCGUAUGGGGUCUUCAAGACCAAGGAUUCCUCGUUGGUGCUGGGGGCAGUGAAUAACCGGCAGUUCAAGGUGAUGUGUGAGAGACUCGGGAAGAAGGAACUGGCGGAGGAUGAACGAUUCGUGGAUAAUGGCUUGCGGGUGAAGCAUCGGGUGGAAUUGAAGCAGAUACUGGAUGAGUGCUUUGCAGGGAAAACAACGAAUAAAUGGCUUGGUGUGUUUGAGGGGAGCGGGAUGCCGUAUGGACCAGUCAAUACGCUGCAAAAGGCGUUUGAGCAUCCCCAGACUGCUGCCAGGCAUAUGGUGCAGACGAUUGAUCAUGAGGCGACUGCGGAGGGGACGAUGAAGGUGAUUGGAAACCCAGUCAAGUUCAGCGAAACACAGCCCUCGAUUCGGAGCAGUCCGCCAGCGCUGGGACAGGAUACGGAUGAAGUGCUGCAGAAGAUGGGUUGGUCAAUGGAGAAGAUCGCGCAACUGAGACAAGAGGGAGUGCUAUAG